UGGAGGGCGCGUCUCCGCGCGGACCUGUCCCGGGCGCUCAAAAGGGGCCGAGGCGGCCGCGCCCUGCAGAGCCGCCCGGCGCGCCCCGCAACCACCAUGGCCUCGCCGCUCUGGGCUUCGUGCCUCUCCCUGCUGUUCGUGGGAGGCCUGGCCCAGCCGGCCCCGACCCCGCCAGCCAUGAGGGUGGAUUGCUAUCCGGGGGUGACGGGCACCAUCUACGAGUUCGGCGCCCUCACGCUCAGUGCUGGGGACUACGUCCAUUUCCAGCAGUUCGCGGGCAAGACGGUCCUCUUCGUCAACGUGGCCUCCUACUGUGGCUUGACAGCUCAGUACCCUGAGCUGAACGCACUUCAGGAGGAGCUGAAGCAUCGAGACGUGGUCGUGCUGGGCUUUCCCUGCAACCAGUUUGGGAAACAAGAACCAGGAAAGAACUCAGAGAUCCUCUCAGGGCUCAAGUACGUGCGCCCAGGUGGCGGCUUUGUCCCCAGUUUUCAGCUCUUUGAGAAAGGGGAUGUGAAUGGAGAAAACGAACAGAAGGUCUUUACCUUCCUGAAGAACUCCUGCCCGCCAACCUCUGAUCUUUUGGGCUCACGAGACCAGCUGUUCUGGGAGCCCAUGAAGGUCCACGACAUCCGCUGGAACUUUGAGAAGUUCCUGGUGGGGCCCGACGGGGUCCCUGUCAUGCGCUGGUUCCACAAGGCUCCCGUCAGCACCGUCAGGUCAGACAUCCUGGAGUACCUGAAGCAGCUGAAAACCAAGUAGAAAGGGCCAGAAGCCGUCAGAAGUAGCCACUGCCUCCCACCUAAAGGACAUGGUGGUUCUGUCUUUACUCCACAUGCCUGCCCACCUGGAUAUGCGUGUGACCAAACCCUCCUGGAUAUGCGUGUGCCUGUGUGCGUGUGCUCGUGUGUGUGUUGAAGGAAAACCUAUCUCCCCAACUGUCUGCUCCCCAAAUAUCAGGGUUUUUCCACUGCAUUGCAAAGGAAAAGCAGAUUUCAGGGUAGAUGGCUCAGGCUGCCCAACAUUCCAGAAAAAGGCGAGCCCCGGAAGUUCUGCGUCUGCCCUUCCCCAUCCUGGAGGGUUGGAGAAAGCAGGAACUGGCUGCAAGACCCCCAAGAUCCCCUUCAUAACCUCUCCUGUCCUUAAAGAUAGACCUAGGUAUGAGGCUCUUCCUGUCCGCAAUGAGGCCUCCACUCCCCACCCCCUGCAGACUCUUCAGGGCAAAGGAGGAGGGGCCUCUCCCUGAUGGCGGCCCCCGCCCCCCC